CCUAAAUCCCUAGGCUUUAGGGUUUAUGGAGGUGAGGAUCGUCCCAGGGCGGGGAAGGGGAUUGUUCGCGCUGCGCGAUCUUUCUGGCGGCCACAUUGUUAUUCGCGAAUCGCCGCUGCUCGUCUAUGGCGAGGCCGAGGCCGCUGGAUCGUUCUGUGCCCACUGCAUUCGUUGCGUUUCUUCCUCGUCCCCAGCGUGCGAAUCGUGCUCAAAGGCGCGAUUCUGCGACGAGCGAUGCCGGGCAGCGGCGAUAGCCUCGUCCCACACGCCGUGGAUGUGCUCGGCGCUCCAGGAUGUGGCGAGGGCAGGGAUAGGUCACGAGGCCGGGACGCAGGCAAGGUUUCUACUCGCCGCUGUGAGCCUCGCGGCUCGCAAUGCGGAGGAUUUUCAAAGGCUGCUGCUUCUGGAUGGCCAGGCCAGCGUGUUCGCGAACGAUCCAAGGCCCGCUGGAGUGGCUGAAUUGGUCUUGGCAUUGUUGAGGACGCACUGUUUCGAGCUAGCAAAAGGACUUUCCUUGGAGAUGUUCUUGAAUCUCCUGGCCAAGGACAAGAUCAAUGCCUUCGGUUUGAUGGCUCCCAGCUCUGGGACUGCGCAGCGCAAGGUGAGAGCUUACGCUCGCUACGCGCAAGCGUCCAUGCUCAACCACGACUGCCUCCCAAACGCUUGCAGAUUCGAGUACUUGGACAAGCCUGGCGCAUCCAACACCGAUAUCUACAUUCGUCUCCUCCACGACGUGCCGCAAGGUAGCGAGAUUUGCAUCAGCUACUUCCCUGUGAAUUGGAACUACAAGGAGCGGCGGGAGAGGCUGGUCGAGGACUAUGGUUUCGAGUGUAACUGCGAGAGAUGCCGUGUGGAGCAGACUUGGAGCGAUGGUGAUGGUGAGGGAGACGAGGAAGAAGCCAUGGAACACGACCAAACGGAUGGAGAUGGAGAGGAUGAAGAAGAAGAGAUGGACAAAGAUGGCGAUGGCGAUUUCCCUCACGCGAUGUUCUUCGUCAAGUACUUGUGUCCCGAAGAGAGCUGCGGUGGAACGAUGGCGCCGCUGCCAGGCAAUGCGAACCUCAUGGAGUGUAAUGUUUGUGGUCGCUUGAGAAGCGAGCAAGAGUUUAUCGAUGAUCUAGAGCAGCACGGCACGGCACGGCACAGUGAUUGACAAAACCUGGAAACAUACGAGAAUUUUAUUCCAUUGAUUCAGUUCUCUCGAAAAAACUGACCAAGCUA